GUCCGUCCGUGUCAUGCUUGUAGUCCAGCUCUUGUGGUUGACGUUCUUGAAACGUUCUCUAGGCAACAGUCUCAAGUGCGAUGACCUUCCACCCAGUAAAAGCACUGAACUUGUGGAUUGUUAUGCUCUGGUGAACAGCAGCGUUACCAUGAAUUGCACAUACCGCGGCAUGAAUGCUCAUCGUCUAACCGGACCCUUUUGGAAUAUCCAAUUUAGUAAUUCAACCGUUAAUUCAGUUGUGUCAGCUAUUGACUCUCUCCCUGGUUUCACUUUUUUGUCUGCGCUCAAAAACUACACGGAGCUCACUAUCGACCAAGUGUCUGAAAAUCUUAAUAUGUCUACAAUACAAUGUCAAUUUGAUAUUAGAUUUACUAAUGAUCCAGAAGCUGGCAGUGGCAAGAUUAAAGUUUUACUCGGAAGUCUUCCUACCAUCUCUUGUAAGCCACAUUUAUGCACCUCUGUGAAUAGUUCGAAAGCAGAAAUUCCUUGUGAAGUGUCUGGAACUCCUAUACCAUCCACUAAGAUUGAGCUGAAUAGUGCUGGAACAAGUGUCCCUGAUGAUUCAUCUCAAUUUUCUAUACAUCGUGCAGAUAGCUUGAUGCCUAUUCUAACAAUCGAUCCUGUCAAUUGUACACUUGAUGCUGGCAAUAAUUACAGAAUAUCAUCUGAAAAUAUACUGGGAACAUCACUACCUUAUCAGUGGAACGAUUCUCAUGUGCUUGAUCUAGAUAAUGACGACUCAUCAGAUUGUCAAGUUAUUGGCAAUACAACACGCUUGACUUGUUCGUUUUCACUUGCUAGAUUUCCUACAACAAACAUUGUGUGGAACAUCAGCAAGAACAACAUUAUUAAUAAAACAUCUAACAUCGAUGUUUGUGCAUGUCGAGUAACUUCAACUGUCUUUGUCAGCUUGCAACAUGUGUCUGCAUCAACAUCAUGUACUGCUUCAUAUAACGACGACAUGGUGACUCAAUAUCCAUUCAAACAAUCUACGCCAAGUCCACCAGUCACAUCAAUUCCUACUUCAGUCACUAGCUCACCCAUAACUUCACGAGAUUCGAAGUCAACAAGUAGUGGUAGCACCACCACUCCUGUAACAUCAGGAAAAGAAACCUCAAAGGACGAUCAACCAGCAUGGCUAAUACCAGUCAUCGUAGUGGUAGUUGUUGCUGUGAUUAUUAUCAUCAUUGCAGUUGUUGCGUUUAUUAUUUGGAAGAAAUCCAAGGAAAGCACAACUACUGACAACGGCACACACGUAAAGCUACAAGGUAGGGUCACACCACACGACACGGCCGUCGAGUCGGUCCAAUACGCCGAGACUGGUCCAGCCACCGCUCCCGACGAGAUCGAGGCGUAUGCCGUAACAACCGGAGCAAAACAGAGUACCAUGCAAGGACAAGGAGCCAACAAAUCAAAGACCGCAAAGGACAAAACCAAUCCGGGUCCACCCACAGAAACCUACGCUCUACCAGACAAAUCGAAGAAAACGAAAAAUCAGAAAGCAGACACUGCGGGCGAGGAAUAUUCUCAAGUCGAAAAACAAAAUAAGAAAUCGAACCAGCCGCUUACCUAUGCGGAUCUUGACCAAACUUCAUUCAAACAGUCGACUACUCAAAGACCCAAUCAAUCUGUUACUUAUUCGGAAAUGAAUGAGUUGCAGCCAUCAGCGAAGACUAAGUGAAGUCGACAUCUCGAGAUGUCAGAGUCUGAAACAGGCAUACUGAUAUUUCUAGUGUAUGUGUGUAUGUGAGGUUGUGUGUCCGUGUGUCACGUGGUACUGUGUGGAGUAGAGGGCAUAUAUGUAAGGGAGGGUGUUUCUAUUGUUUCUUCUGGGAGCUGGCUUUUCAUAGUUUCUAAACAACUGUGCUGGAUGAUUGUACUAGAAUGAUUAGUGAGUAGACGGACUGUUGAAGUUGAUGCUGGGGUUUUGGUAUCUUCAAUAGUUAAUUAAUGUUGAUCAA